AUGACAUACGAUAUUGGAGACCAGCAGCUACAUCAGCAAGGUGUUGCGACGCCCUUUUCGUCAAGAUAUGUGCUCAAGGAUCUGUCGGGCAUCCCUAGAGAUACGAUAGCUGGUACUGUGCCAAAUGGUUCUGGUUGGACUUUGCACCAUUUAUUGGGCAAGGCACUAAAGAUCCAGGUGGGAAGGGAAAGUACUUGUCGCGCUGGCACUGGCAGCGCCCGGGGCAGUUUGGAUAACCACCAGAACGAGAAUAUUUGCAAGAUCCCUGCCUUUAUGUUGACAUUCAAGAGCUGGCUGCAGACUAGCACCAAGGCGCUGGCAAUCAUGGGGGUUUACCACGACCACAGGAAUAUGCCGUUGUACCAACAUAAGCUCUGCGACCGAUCAGCAUCUCAUGCGAAGACGGCUUUGAUGGCGUUGACGGAUCAGCUAGAUUCUCCUUCCGUUUUGGCGACGCUUAGCGUGUGUUUGGCUUGCAAACGACAACGACAUUUAGAAUUGAGCAUCCCUCAACUUUGCUCGAAAAUACCGGGCAACGUCACUUUAUCUCCCACCAGUUCUCCGCAGUCAAUUCCCCACUCAAUGAUCCAACAAACCGGCCUGAGUGACGUCUGGCGAUGGACAUGGGAAAGGAAAGCUAGCAUUAUCGUCGUAAGAAUCAAACAGAAGAGGAUGCCAACAAAAAAAAGCCAGAGGCUUCGGGCUGAGCUCAAGGUUUGGUCAAGACUUACACGAUACAUCGUCCCACUGUACGGCACUGCAUCAGGCUUUGGCCAAUUCGUUGCCUCGGUUUACCCCUGGUAUGACAAUGGAUCGCUUUCAGGUUCUCUGGAAUCCUAUGGUCAAACCGUGUCCAUAAUCAAUUGUUUCCAACUGCUCAGUGAUAUUUUUGCGGGUCUUCAACACCUUCACUCGUGCUCCGCUGUUCAGGGCGAUCUUACUGGGGUAGAGUUCGUGGGCGCGUCUUAUUUCACGUCCGCCCUGGAUGGCACUGUGCGGUUUGCCCAAGAUUACGUUCCUUCAACACUGAAUCUCACCCUUGCGCCAGGUAUUGACACCCUACUCCGAGUUGAAGCAAGCGCACAAGCUGUGGUCGCAAUUUCUCUCGGGACAGAACUGUCGCGUCCGCGAUCAUUGGUCGCCAUUGGAGUGUUAUUCUCAAUCGCUGUGCAUAGUAUUCUCCUCAAGACGUUUACGCAGCGAAUGAUGCAUGAUGUUCAAUACAUUAUGCAAGGUAUCGAUGUUAUGAUGGUCAUGAACUUUGCUGUUUCCUUGCUUACUCACGUCGGCGGUCGCAAAGAUCCUUCCUUCAGCACCAGGGCAAUGAAAUUAGCAAACUUCUACGCCGACGACUACCUAGCGCAGCAGCAGCUCAACAGCACCGGCAUGACACUGAACGGUGCUCUUGACACGUUCGCACAGACCACUCGCGGUGGACUGAUUGUCCAUGGAAAGAUGCCUGUCGUAUGGGAAGUAGUGGCAAGGAGCUUUAGGAUCAUCCAAGCACCAUCAAAUCACUUCUACCUGGAUUAUGGUGCUGGUGAGGGACUGGGAGACGACCCAAUUGGGUUGGCAUAUACCUUUCAUCUGUUGGAAAACUUGACCGAGGCGCAGUACGAACUCGUUGUCGGAGGCGAGCAAAUUCUAUGGAGUGAACAGUCUGGUCCCCAAAAUGUCGACCCGAUCGUGUGGCCAUGCGUUGCAUCAUCAGCAGAAAUUUUCUGGAGUGGGAAGCAGCCCACUGGUGCUGCACUCAACGUCGCCGAGGCACUUCCUCGUUUGCAUGACGUCAGGUACAGGAUGGUACAAUGUGGCAUCAAUGCCAUCCCACUCCAGCCGCAGUGGUGUGCGCUUCGACUGGACGCAUGCGGUAUAUACGCUUGA